AGCGGCCACCGCUGCCUCGGGGGAGCGAGGGCGGGAGGGUGUGUGUGUGUGCGCGCUUGUGAGCAGGGGGUGCCGGCGGGGCUGCAGCGGAGGCACUUUGGAAGAAUGACUCUGGAGUCCAUCAUGGCGUGCUGCCUGAGCGAGGAGGCCAAGGAAGCCCGGCGGAUCAACGACGAGAUCGAGCGGCAGCUCCGCAGGGACAAGCGGGACGCCCGCCGGGAGCUCAAACUGCUGCUGCUGGGGACGGGAGAGAGUGGCAAGAGUACUUUCAUCAAGCAGAUGAGGAUCAUCCAUGGGUCGGGCUACUCUGAUGAAGACAAAAGGGGCUUCACCAAGCUGGUCUAUCAGAACAUCUUCACGGCCAUGCAGGCCAUGAUCAGAGCCAUGGACACGCUCAAGAUCCCCUACAAGCAUGAGCACAAUAAGGCUCAUGCACAGUUAGUUCGGGAAGUUGAUGUGGAGAAGGUGUCUGCUUUUGAGAAUCCAUACGUAGAUGCAAUAAAGAGUUUAUGGAAUGAUCCUGGAAUCCAGGAAUGCUACGAUAGACGACGAGAGUAUCAGUUAUCUGACUCCACCAAAUACUAUCUAAAUGACUUGGACCGCGUAGCCGACCCUGCCUACCUGCCUACGCAACAAGAUGUGCUUAGAGUUCGAGUCCCCACCACAGGGAUCAUCGAAUACCCCUUUGACUUACAAAGUGUCAUUUUCAGAAUGGUCGAUGUAGGGGGUCAAAGGUCAGAGAGAAGAAAAUGGAUACACUGCUUUGAAAACGUCACCUCUAUCAUGUUUCUAGUAGCGCUUAGUGAAUAUGAUCAAGUUCUCGUGGAGUCAGACAAUGAGAACCGAAUGGAAGAAAGCAAAGCACUCUUUAGAACAAUUAUCACAUAUCCCUGGUUCCAGAACUCCUCGGUUAUUCUGUUCUUAAACAAGAAAGAUCUUCUAGAAGAGAAAAUCAUGUAUUCCCACCUUGUUGACUACUUCCCAGAGUACGACGGACCGCAGAGAGAUGCCCAGGCAGCUCGAGAAUUCAUCCUGAAGAUGUUCGUGGAUCUGAAUCCAGACAGUGACAAAAUUAUCUACUCCCACUUCACGUGCGCCACAGACACCGAGAACAUCCGCUUUGUCUUCGCGGCUGUCAAGGACACCAUCCUCCAGUUGAACCUGAAGGAGUACAACCUGGUCUGAUUGUGCCUCCCAGACACCCGCCCUGCCCUUCCCUGGUGGGCUAUGGCAGAUUCACAAGAGGGACUGUAUUUCUGUGGAAACAAUUUGCAUAAUACUAAUUUAUUGCCGCCCUGGACUCUGUGUGAGCGUGUCCACAGAGUUUGUAGUAAAUAUUAUGAUUUUAUUUAAACUAUUCAGAGGAAAAACAGAGGAUGCUGAAGUACAGACCCAGCACAUUUCCUCUCUAUCUUUUUUUUAGGCAAAACCUUGUGACUCAAUGUAUUUUAAAUUCUCAGUCAUGCACUCAUAAAGAUAAGAGUUGUCUGUCUCUGUCUCUGUCUCUCUCUCUCUCUCUCUCUCUGUUUUCUAUUGAACACAACAAAGCUGAUUCCCUUUUUCCUAACCCAUACCUCCCUCCCAAUUUUUCCUGGAUUACAACGGCCUUUAUCCUAGUUCCAUUCUUGGUCAAGUUCUGCUCUUGGAUGAUCCAGUCAGGACAAUGUCAUUCGACUUAAGCCAUCACACAUCCGCUUAAUUUGUCAGUGUGCAGUUUCUGCUGAAGGGUUAUACGUAUUCAUACAGUGGUUUUCAAUGGAUUGUUCUGGAUACACAUGUAGUGUUUAUAUAUAUAUAUAUAAUAUAGUCUGUAUAUUAUAUAUAUAUUGUCUCACUUGGACUGGGACAAAGGGUGACUGCCUAAUGGUUAAAUGUCGUUUCUUUGGGGUUUUACCUUCAGUCAUAGUUAGAUUGCUCACAGAAUCACAGAAGUCAGUUAGGCAAGGGCAGAGAUAGCCCCAGAAGGGGUUCUUCUUUCAAAAUGCCAUGUGCCAUUGCCCUUCCUCCCUCCUUUGCUGCUUUUUCUUUGACUUUUCUCACCCUCUCUUUAAUUGCAGAUGCCAAAAAAUAUGCCAACAGACACUACAAUUACCCCAAUGGCUGCUACCCAGAACCUUUCAUAUAGGACCUGGUUCUUCAUUUGGGGGGGGGGGGAGCGGAAAGGGAGGGAGGAGUAUCAAACAGUUCCUCCUUUUUCUUUUUUUCCUUAAAUGUUUGGGCCACAUUUUCAAAAUGACUUUUAGUAUGAGUAUGUGUUGCCAAAGCUGGCUUUUUGUGAAUAAAUGAGAAGAACUUAAAAAAAAAAAAAAAAAAAAAAAAGCCAGUGUCUUACAAUGUAAGAGAGUGAGACUGUGAAGCCUAAAGUGACUGGCUGAGAUUAAAGCUGAACAUCAAUUGCCAAACAAUUGGUUACUGUAACUUCGGUUCUCGCAGUCCAAUCUUUUCUUUGUUUAACGUUCACGUGCCAUGUUGAGUGUCCAAAUCGGCAAUGAGACGUAUCCUGUGUGGCCUAUCAUGAGAUCCGCUUACGUCUUAUUUGAAGUCAGUUUUAUUCUCUCUUUAUUCUUUAAGUUCACCUAAGUCUGCCAACAACAUCGGCUGUUAGUUUUAUUCUGGCACCUUUUAUUUGCAAAAUCUGAAGUGACUGUGGGUUUAACCACCUCCAGGACCUUCUUGAACAAGUGGCUGGUUAAGUUGAACUUAAGGAAGAUUUUGUGGACUAAACUCAAAAGUAACCUCUCAGUGUUCUAUAGAACAUGCAUUUAUGUAACAGAACCUCCUCGGGGAGAUGUUCAGAAUUCUGGAUGUGCAAUUUUACAACGAAUGCAAAAAAUACAGCACGUGUGUCCAUGAGCUUCUGUCAAGCAGCUGAUACGAAAUUUAACAAAAUAAAUCUUGAUUGUUUCAAAGCUGCUGGGAAGUUGGAAUUAGGCCAUGAUGCUGAUCUCAAUACCAUUUGGCACUAAUCCAAACUUCCAUAUAACUCACUGUUUUGGAACAACAAAGAGAAGUGAGACAAUGAACAGCUUUCUAGAUGAGUAUCAAAACAGUAAUGAGAUGUUCUCAUUCUUUACUCUCUCUCAGCCUCCAACACCACAGGUUACUUUUUCCCCUGGCUCAGAAAGCACCUGUAACUUAAUUAACAGACUGCCUGUCAGUAUAGUGCAAUUAGGAGUACUCUAAUCACUGUACAUACAUCUCUCUUGAUACUGCAGCAUCCAUACUGGCUUUGUAAUCAUUACUUUUUUGGCAGAUUGAAUGUGCUGUAUUGAUAUGUAUCUAUGUAAUUGUAUGUCUUAUAGCUACUUCACUUUUGAAUAAUGUUAUUUUAUUUACUUUUUUAAGAGAGGAGAAUGUAAAUUUGUCAGUUUAUUUCUGACUAGGGAUUUUUUUUUUCCAUUUAGAAAAGAAGAGAAAACAAACCUUACUAUCGUACAGAGCGGUACUAGCAUCGUGCUGUAUAAAAUCAUUUGCACAUUCCUGAGUAGAGGUAUAAUGAUGAUAAGACCCAAAGGUAAUUUCAUAGCAAAAUACAUAAAAUCAGUCGGAGCUUUUAUACAAACGUGGAAACCAACUUUGUAGAACUUUUGCCAUUUGAUCUAGGAUUGGAAUAUGAGCUUUUAUACGAUUCAUAUUCUUAUUUGGCAAAUGCACAGUUUAGUAUUACCUCUCUGAUGGCCUUUAUUAGAAAGGCAGUUUUAGAAGCUAUUGUGAUCCACUAAGGAAAUGUUUUAACAGCUAGAGACCACUGCUUGCCUGAAAGGGCGAUCUUAAAUUUGGUGCAGCAAAAAAAAAAAAAUUAAAAAACAAAAAAACAAAAAUAAAAAAAAUCACCAAAAAAAACCACAAAAAAUAAACAAAAAAAAAAAGGAACCAACAACAUUUGAAGGCCUACAGUGUGUAUAGAGAACACCUCAUCACAAGAUCCUAAGUGUUACAGUUUUAGGGAAUCAAGAUAUUCUAUUUAAUAGAGCUAUCGUAGAUGUAGUCGAUUAAACCUGAUCUCAGAGCUCAGCGAAGCUGAGCAAAACAGGGAAAGAUUGUUCUAUUUGUCUUUAUGAAACUGGGAUGGAAUUUGCCAUGCAAAGCUGAGGUCUGUGGCUUCACUGCCCCUCCUAGGGUGCAUGACAGGAUCCCUUCUCUUGAGAAAGGACAUAAUCGAUCACCCUAGCCGCAGUGAGGCGGGAGAAACCGAGUUGUAGCCACACCAGUCCAUCAGAGCUAAAGGAUUUGCAUUUUGUUUCUUUGGGGUUUUAUUGAAGGGGAUGGGGUGGGAAGGGAUUCUUUUCAGUUUUGUAUAAAAACAAAGUUUACUCACGCUUUAUCUUCUUUCGUGAUUGCAAGCGUUGCAAGCGUGUGCCGCUGGCUCCUGUGGUUGAUGCUCUAAGUAACGGAGGCCGUGGCGAGUUGUAUGGUGUCUUGGGCAUGUCUUGUUCGAUACCACAAAACACAGAGGCCUGUCUUCAGCACACCAAGGCAAGCAGCCGUUCCAUGACUCACCUACCGCACCGCAGUGUACCAGUUUACAAAUGAUUUCUCCCUUUGCGUGUGACAUGGCAGUUCCAACCCACAGAGAAUUCCUUAUUUGUAAAUUGGAGGUUUCUACUAUGCCUUACAGAGCUAAAAUUCAGAAGUCUGUGCCUCAUCUCUGAAACAAAGGGAAAUAACACACCCAUUCAAAAGUAAAUAAAUCCCCCUAGAAGUUUGGAUUGGUUUUUUUUUAAACAUUUCCAUAUAAAGAGCUCUGUUGAAUGUCAUGAUUAGACUGGAAAAAAAAAAAAAAAAACUCUUAGGAACCUGCAUAUGUUGUUUACUAGCAUAUGACAUCUACAGAAGUAUUUGAAGAACACCUGAAACUUGUUUUGUUUGUUUGUUCGUUUGUUCGUUUGUUUUGUAGAAUAACUAGCAGGCCUAAUAUUUAAAAAAAGGUAAUUCAGCUAAAGGGCAAUUUACUUUUUGUAUUUCAGACUAUCUUGAUUGUCAAGGUGUAUGAACUGUAAUUUUAAAAUUUAUACUGCCACAUGAUUGUAAAUUUUAGUUGUCUUAAGUUAGGAAUUGGUGAAAAGCUAUUUAUGCUGGAUUUGUGUCGAAAUGACUUUAUUAUUUGCAAAAAAAAUAAUAUUGGGAAGAAAGGGCUGUAUAAUGAGAUCCUGCAAGAUUUGGAUGUUGGUUGAAAGUUACCCUCAGAUUACCCUCGAUUUCCCUUUGUUUUCAGUUUCUCAAAAGAACGAAUGAAAUGAAAUAAUUGCAGAAUGUUAACCCAUAUUAAAAUAAAGUGUACCCAAAUAUUGUAAUGUAUAUUGCUGCUCUUCUUAAAAUUAAAUAAGGGUUCAAAACCACUUAACUGGUAAUUAACAACAUCUCAGUUGAUGCAAAUAAGGUGUGCUUGGUAGACAUUUCAUAUUUUCUUCCAAAGGUAGAUCUUUGGUUAGAAACACACAAAAAAAAAACUGAAUCUAAUAAUAUUGUAUGUUUAUCUCUCUCUACAUAUUUCUGGCAUAUGUAGUGUUAGUCGAUCUAUCCUGGUAACUGUGUCUUUGGGAUUUCAUUUUGGUUCCAUCAAAUUAGGAAAAGAAAUGGCUUAGUUGUAUUAGCUAGAGAUUUUUGGAGCCAGACACCUGCUAUUUAGUAGAUAACUUAGUGCGGUCUAAACUUGUCAUGUUUUUCUCAAAAAAUCACAAACCAUUUCCUGCUGUCUUCCCAACUACCGCUGCCCUCCCUUUCAAAGACACUCUUGCCUGUAGAAUUGUUAUGUUCAAAGUAUGCAUAUACCCCUAGCGCAUAGUAGGUGCUUAAAUAUUUAUUUCCUCAUCACUUUGUCUACCAUCUGUCCUCCAUUUCCCAUAUGAUUCCAACCCAAUAGUUGAUGACAUUCACAUGUUAUGAAGACGUCUAUUGGGUAAAAUUGAUCUUAUUGGAGAAAGGAAUUCUGACUUCCAUGUAAGCUUUUGGUAGACAGAAAGAUGGAAAACUACUAUGUAACUUUGUCCAGGCUACUCUGAUUGAAACACAUAUUUUUGGUGGAUUUCUUUUCCUCGAAGAACUCUCUAAAUGCAACUUGCUGGAUUCCUCACCCAUUUUCAUGUUGGAAACUCUUGCUAGACCUAUGUACUUAGGGAGUUUUGUCAGAAAACAUUUUUAACUUGCAGUAUUUAAAACAAUCAUAUUUACUGUUCUUAAAAUGUCAUUCAAAUGCAUGUAUUGUCUAUUGUUUGGGGAUGGGAACUAGUUUUGCAAAAAACACCUAAUGUUGUAUAAUAAUGCCCCAAUGAUCUUGCUGGUUAAAAAUACAGUAUUUUUGGCCAUAA